AGUGACCCGGAAGUUUAAGCGUCCAUACCGCUUGCAUUAUCUAUUGGUACUUUUUUUUUAAGUAGAUAUCUUCCAGUUUUCGCUUUCCGAGCCGAUACAUAGUAGACCCUGUCUCUCUUCAUUUUACACACAGCACGAAGUGUCAGUUGGUCCUUGUCCUUCAGAAGAGCAUUCCGGAAAUGAAACCCUGUGUAAUAGGAAGUGAUUAGAGUGAGCGAGGCGCUGCGUGUCAGGGAGGCUUGGGCGGGUUGGCUUCCGAGUGCCAGGGGAGUUUACAAGUCAGCCGGCUGCUGAGCGAGUGAAGAGCCUGAGCGGUGGACAUUGAAGUAAGGAUAUCACAGGUCUUCGGUGAAAGUCUUGGAUUGUAUUCUCAUUAGUUAUGGAAAAAAUGACUACCCUUAAAAGUUCGGAAAACAAAGGGAAACAAGAAAUGAUGAAAGGUAAGAAAAUGCAAAGCCCUAGCCCUGCCUGCUCACCCGCGCGUUAGCCAGAGCUGGCAUCCUUACUUCGACCCCAAUCCGAGGAGCAGGAGAUGGAAUGGAAACGGAGGAGCCCCCUAAGUCUGUUGAAGUCACCCACGGAGUCCAACCCAUAAAUCAACAUGUCCUUCCAAGUCCACGGAAGAAAGUGUCCUCAGACAGCCCGGGCGUUCUUCAGCUGGGGAAGAUUCUUAAUGAAAGAACAGUGGAAGUUGAAGCUGUCAGAAUAUUUGUUCCCAAAGCUGCUAUCACUCACGACAUCCCCACCAAGAACACAAAGGUUAAGUCCCUAGGACAUCACAGAGAAGAACUCCACAAUCAGGCAGAAGUGGUCACAGACCCAAGGAAGGAACUCUCAGAGGUAAAGAAGGUUUUGGAAAAGCUCAAGAAUUCUGAAAGGAGGCUACUUCAGGACAAAGAAGGCCUUUCCAAUCAGCUCCGAGUACAGACAGAGAUAAAUCGUGAGUUAAAGAAGUUACUCGUGGCUUCUGUUGGGGAUGACCCGCAGUAUCACUUUGAACGUCUAGCCCGGGAGAAGAACCAGCUCAUCUUAGAAAAUGAAGCACUAGGUCGGAACACAGCCCAGCUUUCUGAACAGCUGGAACGGAUGUCAAUACAGUGCGAUGUCUGGAGAAGUAAAUUCCUUGCAAGCAGGGUAAUGGCAGAUGAGUUAACAAACUUCAGAGUGGUUUUACAGCGUCAGAACCGAGAUGCCCAGAGCGCUAUCCAGGAUCUCCUGAGUGAACGAGAGCAGUUUCGUCAGGAAAUGACCUCUACCCAAAAAUUUUUGGAAGAACUCUUGGUCUCCUUACAGUGGGGGAGAGAGCAGACAUACUCCCCUAACACACAGCCCCAUAGCACGGCAGACUUAGCACUCACGAACCAUGGACUGGCACAAGCAAUACAUGCCCAUCUGUUGGGGAAUGUUGGCAUUAGCCAUCAAAAGAAGAUUCCAACAACAGUCGAAUUCUGCAGUACCCCAGCUGAGAAAAUGGCUGAAAAGGUUCUGCGGAUUUUGGAUCCAGUUGCCUGUACAGAGAGCUCUCCGGACAACCAAUUUGCUGAAUCUUCACCAACCACAUUACUCACUACAAAGAAAAAUAUUGGACGUUUCCAUCCCUAUACCAGAUAUGAAAAUAUAACUUUCAAUUGCUGCAAUCACUGCCAGGGGGAGCUCAUUGCUCUUUAGUGUGUAGUCUGUUGGAGCCAUGCUCAGUACCCAGAGUCAUUAUUUGGGAGCCCGGAUUAGUAAGUUGCUAGAAAUAAAAUCAAUUCAUCGUGAUAUAAUACAUACCCAUGAAGCUAUUUCAUGUACUGGAUUCCAGAUUAUUUUUUAACAAAUAUCUCAGGGUAAGAAAGUGAAGCUUUGUAGAUAUAUUUAAAGAACAGAAUACUUCCCAGUACAUAGUAUUUAUGCUAAAAAACUAAAAAGAUUUUAUAACUUUCUUUUAGGCCCUAUAUUAUUAUUCUGUUAUAUAUUUAUAUAAACUAUAAGCAGGUUUCAUUUUGGUGCAUAAAGCAAAACCAGGCAAACUCCAACCAUGCAUUGUAAAGGGGUGUGGCCAUAUCCAUCCUUUACCGCUGUCUGGCUGCUUUACUGUAGGGCAGCAGAGUCGGUGUGUGGCUAGCAAAGUCCAUCCCUUUAUAGAGCAAGUCUGGUAGAAGAGCUGGGGUGCAUGAAAAAGGGAUUUGCAGUCCCUUUAUGGUCACAUUGUGGGUACACAAGAGGCCUUCAGAAACACUGGGGUAAGGGGCUAAUCCUUCUAAACAUAUAAUAGGAAAACAAAAGAGUAUUUUAGAGCUACAACAAAUACUUCAAUAAGUGUUCAUGCUGUUUAGUUUUGGUGAGGUGUUCUUUCUUUGCACGGUUGCAGUUUGACAAAGGAAACAAACUCAUAAGCACCAACUCAUAUUGGUGUGGAGAACAACAGGAGACACUAGCUUGCUAAUAUGAUGAUGGAAAGGGAUCUUUAGGGAAAAUUGUAAUCCAUCAAUUUAAUAUAGUAUUAAAUAUAUUGUAUAAUUUAUCAUAAGGUGCUCAUUUGUCUUUAAAUAUUCACAAAAAUCUGUUAUCAAAAAAUAUACCAAGUUUUACAAAUUAGUUGGAGCAGUGCCUAUCAGAAAUCUUCAAAAGGCAGAUCUGGUGAAAUCAGUGUACGUCGGGGUCAAACCUGCUAUUUUUGUCUGACUCAUCUGAGCCAUUUUUAUGGCUUUAAAUGGCAAUAAAGGUCCAAUUUCUUUGUGGUUAGUGCCCUUUCCUUUCAGAAGAGCAUGCUUUGGCCUCAGUCUUCAGGUGGCUCUGACUGUUUAUGCUGGGGGUUCCCUUCAUUCCCUUCAUAGGAAUGGAAAUUUUCAUGACAUUGAAUUUGACUAUGACUUCUUGUGUACAACAACAAAAGCACAAGAAAUGAAAAGAGGAAUUUCACCUAAAUUGAAAAGCAUUCAUGCAUUGAGGUACACAGUAGCCUACCCAGUUAGAAGUGGGCAGAGGCUGAAGAGAUGCUGUAGUCUGUAGAAUGCUGCCACACAACAUGAGAACCCAAGUCCAGAUCUCCAAGCACUCACAAAAAACACUGGGUGCAGCAGCACACAUCUAUAACCCAGCCAGCACACUUAGAGCACAAACGGGGGAGUGACAUUCAUUGAGCAGUCUCUGGCUGAGUUGAUGAGCUUCAAGCUAAGUGGUAACUCCUGCCUAUCUCAGACAGUAAGGUGGAAAAUGAUGAAGGAAGACACUCAGUGCAUAAGCCUCUGUCCUUGACAGGUAUGCGCACACACUCAACGUGUAUGUGUGCCAUACAUACUUGCAAAAUGAGCAAAUUAUUAGUUACCUAAAAUGUACAUGUAUAUUUGUGUAUACACAUGAAUAGAAGCAUAUCAGAAGAUUGUCAGCAUCAGUAAUGAGUGAAGUGCUAUCAUUACCAUUUUCAUGUAGGUAAGAUGACUAUUAACAAAAUUGAGUAUCUAUUAACAAAAAAGCAAGAUGGCAACUGUAGGCAAGCCUGAAAUCUGGAACUGCUCUGCUUACCAGCAGAUGUGGAAAGCAGCUUUCAUUGAAGAUGGCGCCAGUUCCAAGGAAAAAAAGAAAAAGAAAAAAAUCUUGCCUGACCCACCAUUCUAGGUUUAUAGCCAAGAGAACUUGGGCACUGUCAUAGAUGUUUGUGUAAGUUUUUGAAGCAGUGUCGUUCAUGGAUGCUAAAAUACAAUCUUAAUAUCAAUCAAUGAUUAAAUAAAAUCCAUAUGACAAGGAAUACAUUCAACCUCUAAAAUGCACACUUGAUGCCUGACAUGAAUAUUACAUGAACUAGGUUAGAUACAAAUGGGCAAAUACUGGUACCAGGGUCUGGAGAAGGGCAGGAAAGUGUUUUAAAACUAAAGAAUAUUGAUUUUUUUUUCAAUAAUGAGUAGGAAAUAUUGCAAAGUGACUCCUAUUGUAUGCCUACUUGUCUUUCUGAUCAGAAACAAAAAAAAGAGUCUAUAAAGUUGGAAGGGGGGUCUUGUGAAGGGGGUUCAGACAUAUGCAGUACAGGGAUUAGAUAGGUGUGGUCAGAAGACACUAUGUAUGGAAUUCUCAGUACACAAGUAACCAAAAAAUGCAAUAAAAUUUAAAUAACUG